AUGGAAGUUGGCGCAGUAAAACAAGCUUUUAAUAAUGAGGUAAUAUUACUAAAAAAGAAUUUGAAUCAAGCAAAAAUACAGAUCAUACAUAAAUUAACCAGAAAAGCUAAACAACUGGUUGGAAAGAAAGCUCCAGAUCCUUUAAAAGAAAAGCUAAAAAGGAAGGCGCAGGCUGCUGUGAAUGAGGUUUUGCUUAUAAAGAAAGUAAAACCAAAAGAUAUUGCCAAAUUUAUAGUCACACACAAAGGAGAAUUAAAAGAUAUUUUAAACAAGCCCACUGUGGAUAAUGAUAAAGUAUGUGCUCGCUUAUUGCUACAUAAAGCUUUGCAGGAGAAAUACAAGUUUAUUAGAGACAGAUUUACCAAUGUUCCCAUUAAAGAUCUUUUUAUGUCUCGAUUGGAAAGAAGAAAGAUGAAAAAAGAAGCAAAAGAGAACAAAGAAAAGAAGAAAAAAGGCAAGAAUAGUAAUAUUGUUAACUCUGAAGGUGAUUGGGAUGUAGAAGACGUUGGUAAGACCAAUUUAAGUGAAAGAACUAAUGAUGACAACAAAUUGAGUGAAGAAGAUGAUGAUGAUCAUGAACUAAAAGGUGAAGAUAGUGAUGACUGUAUGGAUAGCGAUGGUGAAAAUGAGAAAAGUAAUGGAAAGGAUGCUGAAUCAAAAGAUUUACCAAGUGAUGAGGAAGAAAAUAAUUCUGAAGAAGAUGCUGAACAGUUGUCUUCAGGUGAUGUAGAAAAUAAAGAUGAAGAAUCUGAUGCUACGAAAUCUGAAGAUGAGAAUUCUCAAGCUGUAGAAGAAGUUAGUAAUCAAACAAAAAUAAAACCUGAAUCCGAGAAAUCAUUAGAAAAUAUAGAGAUACAAAAAAUGAUUACUGAACAAACAAGUAACAUCAAACCAAAAAAGACAAUUAAGAAAACUCAGGAAAGAAAGCAGAAAGACAUAGACAAGCAUAAGCAUUUCAAUGAGAAAAUUCAGCAAAAAAAAUUAAAUAAGGAUGCAGCACCGGUUGUAGCAAAUAAAAUUGUUGACCCAUUUUUCGUUACAGCUACUGGUGAGAAUUAUAUGUCUGUAGUAGAACCUAGGGACCCUGAUGAAGUAAAAGAAGAGCAUCAACAAGGUAACAGGAAGCUAAGAAGAGCAGCCAUGUUUGGUCAUGUUCCAAAUACAAGACCAAGAAAAAAUAAUAGUAGCUAUAGGGAUGAUAGUAGGUUUGGAAAAAAUAGUAAUAAAAACGGAAAUAAGUUUAAUAAUUGGCGGGGAGAUAAUAAUAAUAAACCUUUUAAUAAUAAUUUCAAUGAUAGAAAGAGAGUCGAUGAUAAAUUUAAUAAUCGGCGGCAAGAUAAUAAUAAAUUACCUUUUAAUAAUAAUUUCAAUGAUAGAAAGAGAUUCGAUGAUUUUAAUACUCGGCGGGAAGCUAAUAAUGUAAAUACUUUCAAUGAUAGAAAGAAUGUCUAUGAUAAGUUUAGUGAUAAAAAAGAAGAGAAAUUGCAUCCCUCUUGGGAAGCUAAGAAAAAGAAGUCUGGUAUUUUACCAUUUGAAGGUAAAAAAAUUGUAUUUGAUGAUGAAAGUUAA